AUGGAAGGUGACAAAGCGAGAGAUCUCCUAAUGCGCUCGAAACUCCCCGGUAGCGACCUCUCCAAGAUUUGGGUCUUGUCAGACUCCACCAAGUCGGGCCAGUUGUUCUUCCCCGAAUUCGCCCUUGCCAUGUACCUUUGCAACCUGCGCCUGACCGGCCGCGAAGUUCCGUCAUCCUUACCUGAGACAAUUAAGAAUGAGGUUUCUAGCAUGGUCGAUAUUAUCUCGUUUGAUGUGCCCGACACGCAGCCCGUGCCAGCCCCGCGCACCAAUGCCCCCAGUUUCGAUGCGCCGCUUUUGGAGAACAAAUCAACACCUCCGAUCGUCCAGCAGCCUCAGCCUCAGCAGGCUAGCAACCAGCAGCUUCUGUCGCAGCUCACUGCCCAGCCCACUGGAUUCUUCCCCCAGCAGACCGGCAUGCAGCCUCAGCAAGCCGGCUUCCCGGGACAGAAUCAGUCGCAGUUCCUCCAGCCACAACAGACCGGAUUCCUGACCAACCCCCAGGCUACGGGUUACACCGGACCUCGACCUCCGAUGCCGCCUAUGCCUACUGGAUUUGGCUCGAAUCUCAGCCCUGCGCAGACUGGAGGACUGGCCGCGCAGCCUACGGGAUUGACUGCUCAGCCUACUGGCAUCCCUGGACAAUGGGGUUUCAUCAACACUCCCGCGCAGGGAUUGCCCAAUAUUGAGGCCAUGAAGCAGCAGCUCAUGCCCCAGCCUGGUCGCGAGGGUGGUUUCACUACUGCCAAUCUGUCCGGUAACGCUACUGUUGCUUGGGCUAUCACCAAGGAAGAGAAGAAGAUCUAUGACGACUUGUUCCGCGCUUGGGAUGGUCUUCGCAAGGGUUUCGUUGGUGGUGAGACCGCCAUUGAGAUCAUGGGACAGAGUGGAUUGAACCGUAAGGACCUAGAGCGCAUCUGGACCUUGGCAGACCCCCACAACCGUGGCCGUCUUAACAUGGAUGAGUUCGCCGUGGCUAUGCACUUGAUCUAUCGUGCUUUGAACGGGUACCCCGUUCCUAGCCGCCUUCCUCCUGAGCUUAUCCCCCCAUCCACGAGGCACUUGAAUGAGUCUAUUGGUACUGUCAAAUCUCUUUUGUCUCAGGAUGCCGAGAACCGCAAGGCCACUGGUGCCUUCUUGCAGCCCCAGAAAACCGGCGUCAGCUACCUUAAGGAUCACUCAUUCCGUGGCGGCGGCGCUGGUACCGCUGGGAUCGGCCGCAAGGAUGCGACGAUGUUUAAGAACAACGACGCUGCAGGCGGCUACCGUUCUAGUGCGCGUCGCCGUGUUGGUCAAGAUGGCCGUACUCCCUCUCCUGCCCCAUCCUCCCAAGCAUCUGAGACCGAUGAGCUGUCAGUUGAGCAACUGCAGAAGAAGAUCCGCGAGGCCAAGAUUAUGCUUGACGCCGUUGACUUCCAGGAUGAGAACCGUGCUGAGGAUGAUGAUGCUCUCGAUCGCCAGGACCGCCGUGAAGCUGAGAGCCUGAUGGACCGAAUUCGUCGCGUUCAGGAUGACAUUGACACUCACCCUAACGCUGCCUUCCGUGGCCUGGACAAUGGAGCGGAGCGUCGAUCCCUUCGUCGUCAACUGCAGGCUUACGAGGAUCAGGUUCCCCAGGUUGCGUCUGAUGUUCGCCGACUCGAGCGUGAGAUUGCCGAUGCCAAGCUUGAGCUCUUCCGUCUCAAGGAUGCCAAGGCUCACCCUGGCAGUGCGGGCAACAUUGUCGGCACUGGUCCCGGCGGGUCGAUCACCGAGGCCGAUCGCAUCAAGGCUCGCGCUCGUGCCCGUAUGCAAGCUCGUGCUGCUGAGCUUGCCGGUCGUCCUGUUCCUACCGGCACGGAUGACGACGGUCAAGCUGCUCGCCGCUUGGAGGCCGAGAACAACAAUGUGAAGGCCGAGCGAGAACGCAAUGAGACUAUGACUCGGGACGUCGAGGAGAGUGUUCGUGACUUUGCCAAGAGCCUGGAGGACAGUCUCCGUGACCAGGGUGAGAACUCUACUCGUGAGCACGAGAAGCGUCGUUGGGAGGAUGCACUUGGCGUGGAAGAUACUAUCCGCGAUUUCAUCUACGACCUCGGCCGUAACAGCCGGACCGCUCAUAUCCGCAAGGAAGAGCGUGAACGACCUGCUGCAGAUUCGAGCGCUCAAUACCGCUCUCCUACCGAGUCGCCUGCUGCUCGUCCUUCUAUGCCACCGUCGAGCGUCUCUUCUGGCUCAUACCCUGGAAACACGUACGAGGAUCGUGUGGCAGCUGCGAGAGAGCGUGCUCAGAAGCGCAUUGCUGAGCGUAUGGCCGCUGCUGGCCUGAAGCCCAAUGACGCUACCGAGACCUUGGCGCAGCGACAGGAGCGGGAGAAGCGUGAGCGUGAAGAGCGUGUCAAGCGUGCCGAGGAGGAAGAUGCCAAACGUGAGGCCGAGCGCCAACGCCGUCUAGCUGAGGAGCGUGGUGGACCAGCCCCUGCUGUCUCUAAGACUGCUGGCAAGAAGCCACCCCCUGCGCCUCCCACUCGCAGAGCCCGGACCGAUAGUGCUGGCCAGGCUGAUUCGAAGAAGGCGGAGGAUGUUGCCCGCGAGCAGGCCAUUAGGGAGGAGCAAGAGGUGCAGGAGGCUGAGACUAAGCGUCUUGAGGACGAAGCCAAGCUGCGCGAGGAGGAAUAUCAGAAGCAGAAGGAAGCUCAAGAUGCCAAACUACGGGCCCUUGAGGAACAGGUCCGACAGGGCAAGAUUAAGAAGCAGGAAGAGAAGCGCCGCAGGGAAGAGGCUUCACGCCAGGCCAAGGAGCAGGAGGCUAGACUUGAAGCCCAGCGUGCUGAGCUUGAGGCUGCCAAGGAACGCGAGCGUCAGCUGCAGCGGGAGUUGGAGGGUAUGGACGAGGAUUCUUCGGAUGACGAAGGCCCUAUCAACAUGACCCCUCAGGACAGCACUCCCACGCAGAGCCAGGUUCUAUCUGCUCCUCCUAUUCCUACUAUCGCUGUCCCCGAGCCUCCUGCGCCUGUUCAGGAGGAGAAGGUUGUCAGCCCCGACGCCUUCCCGGAUACUACACCUGAUGCUGAAUCCAAGAACCCCUACUUCAAGUCUCUGGGCCAGCAGCCCUCUGAGCCCACGUCGGCCACCUCACCCCCGGCUGCUCAGUCCACCAACCCCUUCCACCGUCUCGCCCAGCAAGAGAAGCAAGAGCCACUCAAGCCCACCUUCACCGGCGCCGUUCCAUUGGAGCGCAAGACCCGUGCCCGGCCCGAGGACGACGAUGACUGGUCUGCCGCAGGCUCCGAAUUCGACUCCUCCGACGAGGAAGACGACCACCCUGGCGGCGGCAGCGCCAAGCAGCUUGCCAGCAUCUUGUUCGGCACCAUGGCUCCUCCCCGUCCCCUGAGCGCCAUGGACGAAGACAAGUCCACUACCCCAGUGCAAGCCAGCCCUAUCGCUCCUCCCCCUCCCCCUCCGCCAGCAACUGUUUCACCCGCAGCCGUUGAAGAAGCUUCUUCUCCAGCUCCUCCCUCUGGCAUCCCCCCUCCACCACCCCCACCUUCUGGAGUCCCAGCUGCCGUUCCUCCUCCUCCACCUCCUCCAGCAGGCGGCGCCCCCGUGGCACCACCACCGCCACCUCCCUCCUUCGGAGCCCCCGCUGCUCCCCCUCCACCCCCUCCUCCAGGUGGAGCCCCCGGAGGUCCCCCGCCACCUCCCCCAGCCGCGGGUGGGUCCGGCGGUGGCCGCUCUGCGCUCCUUGCCUCCAUCCAGGCGGGUAAGGGUCUCCGGAAGGUGCAGACCAAUGACCGUAGCACGAGUUCCUCGGCUGGUCGGGUGCUGUGA